UCACAUCACAUCACACCCCUCCCAACAGCUUCACUUUAAACCUGCUGCUGCUGCUGCUGCUGCCUUAUAUUUGUAAUCGUUCAUUUGUGUAUGUGAUCGGAGGAAAAGGAAACUCUUGUACCUCGGUAUUCCUUCGCAUUCCAAUAAAGCCCGUGUGCUUCUCCAUCAUGGAAAUGCUGAGGAAAAAAGAGCGGAGAGGAAGGGAUGUGAAGGGCUUGCUGAAGAGGAACUGGGUUCUCAUAGCAACAAUCGCCUCGGUAAUACUGGGAAUUGGACUUGGAGUAGUGGUACGGGACUAUGCCUCUCUGUCCCAGCUUGAGAAGCAGUACUUUGGCUUCCCAGGAGAGAUCCUGAUGAGAAUGCUAAAGCUAGUCAUCCUGCCUCUCAUCGUCUCCAGCAUGAUAACAGGAGUGGCGGCUUUGGACUCGGAGGUAUCAGGGAGGAUUGGUCUACGUGCAGUCAUUUAUUACCUCUCCACUACAGUCAUUGCUGUCAUUCUCGGAAUCGUUCUUGUGAUGACUAUUAAACCUGGGGUCUCUCAGAAUGUGGAGAAUAUUGAGAGAGCCGGAAACAGUCCAAAUGUGACCACCGUGGACACCUUGCUGGACCUUGUUAGGAAUAUGUUUCCUGAAAAUCUUGUGCAAGCCUGUUUUCAGCAGUAUAAGACGCAGCGCAAAGAGAUCGAACCUCUGAAAACCAACAAAAACACAACUGUUACAGCUACAUUUCCACCUUUGACUACAAUUAUUACAACUGUUGCACAGAAUUUGACCAAGGACUACAAGAUCGUUGGAAUGUAUUCAGACGGGAUUAAUGUUCUUGGUCUCAUCGUAUUCUGUGUUACAUUCGGUCUGGUCAUCGGCAAGAUGGGAGAAAGAGGAUGCAUCCUUCUGGAGUUCUUUGAUGCUCUGAAUGAGGCCACCAUGAGACUCGUUCAAAUUAUUAUGUGUUACAUGCCUAUCGGCAUCUUGUUCCUGAUUGCUGCCAAGAUCAUUGAGGUGGAAGACUGGGAAAUCUUCAAGAAGAUGGGCCUGUACAUGGUCACAGUGCUCAGCGGACUUGCCAUCCAUUCCAUCAUAUUCCUCCCCCUUAUCUACUUUGUCUUUGUGAGGAAGAAUCCAUACACCUUUACUUUGGGGAUGGCACAGGCCCUGGUGACAGCACUCAUGAUUUCCUCAAGCUCAGCUACCCUGCCAGUCACCUUCCGAUGUGCAGAGGAGAACAAUAGGAUUGACAAGCGUAUCACCCGGUUUGUCCUUCCGGUUGGUGCCACCAUCAACAUGGAUGGUACUGCCCUCUAUGAAGCUGUUGCUGCCAUAUUCAUAGCCCAGUUAAACAACUAUGACCUGGAUGCUGGGCAGAUUGUUACCAUUAGUAUCACAGCAACAGUAGCCAGCAUUGGUGCUGCAGGAGUUCCAAAUGCUGGGCUGGUAACCAUGGUGAUAGUACUCACAGCCGUGGGGCUUCCUGCCAGUGAUGUCACCCUCAUCGUUGCAGUUGAUUGGCUUCUCGAUCGCUUCCGUACCAUGAUUAACGUCCUGGGAGAUGCCUAUGGUGCUGGAAUAGUCCAGAAACUGUCAAAGCGAGAGCUGGAGAGGAUGGACCUCACUUCAGACGUAGAUGCAGCCAACCCCUUUGCCCUAGAGACUACAUUGGAUGACGAAGAGUGUGAGAAGAAAUCGUACGUUAAUGGUGGAUUCACCAUUGACAAGAGUGAUGCCAUUUCCUUCACUGAAACCUCACAGUUUUAAAGGUGAAAAUGUGCCAUCACUAAAAGAAGGGUUCAGAGAGGUUGGAGCCAUUCAUAAAAUCAGUGCCAUGACAACGAGGGAAACUCAUUUCAGAGGACUUGAUUGAGUGCAGACAUUAGCAAUACCUGUCCUUGCUGUUCUCCUUCCUUCAUUCUUGCUAUAACUGUGCCCUUCUACUUAUAUCAAUGUGUGCGCUAGACAGAGAGAAAAAAUAACAAGGAAAUAAGAAAACAACUGUGCUUCCACUGUUCAGAAGUAGUUCACCCAGAAAUUACAAUUCUUUCAUUAUUUACUCACCAUCAUGUCAGUCCAAACCUGUAUGCUGUUUUUUUGUUUUGUUUUUUUCAGUGAACUAAUGAGAUUUCAACACUUCAGCAGGCAAGAAGAUUUUCAGUGAAUGAUUACUUAAAGGAAUAUUCCGGGUUCAAUACAAGUUAAGCUCAAUCGACAGCAUUUGUGGCAUAAUGUUGAUAACCACAAACAUUUAUUUUGACUUGUCCCUUUUUUUUUAUUAAAAAAGCAAAAAUCUGUGUUAUAGUGAGGCACUUACAGUGGAAGUGAAUGGGCCCAAUAUUUGGAGGGUUUAAAGGCAGAAAUGUGAAGCUUAUAAUUUUUUUAAAGCACUUUCAUUAAUUAUUCUGUUAAAACUCAUGUAUUAUUUGAGCUGUAAAGUUGUUUAAAUCAUCAUUUUUACAGUAAUUUUAGGGUUUUAGAGUUUGUUGACAUUACAUCGUCAUGGCAACGAAGUUAUAAAAUUGGGUGUAACUUUACACAGAAAAGCUAUUUUAUCACACUAAAAUGUUUAUGUUUAUGAAACUUUUGAAACUGUGAGUAUUUUAAUGUUUACAGAUUGGCCCCCAUUCACUUCCAUUGUAAGUGCCUCACUGUAACACAGAUUUUUGCUUUUUUAAAGAAAAGAAGGGACGUCAAAAAAUGUUUUUGUGAAAAUCAACAUUAUGCCACAAAUACUGUCAUUUGAGCUUAACUUGUAUUGAACCUGGAAUAUUCCUUUAAAUUUUGGUUGUUCCUCACAUAAAGCUAUCGAAUGGCUUCAGAAGACUUAGAUUACAGUGCAUUUGUUAUUCACUACAAAAAUAUUUGAGCCUGUUUAUAAGAUUCAUGCAUUUCAGUUUCUUUACAAGAUUCCAUUAAAUUGAAUUGUGUAAUUUGUAACUAAAUUAAAUAAAUAAAACUUAAAAUAUUUGGUGUUUUUUAAUUUUGUUGAAGAUUACUCAAAUUAUUACUCUUUAUUUAUUUAUUUUAUAGACUACUUUUAUAGGGCUUUUAUUAUGCCUUUUUGGGAAAACUAUGAACUGUCACUAUCAACUGUUGUUUGAAAAGAGAUGCAUGAAGCUUCUUUAAAAAAUGCUCUUGAAAAUAACAGCUUACGGGUUGGGGGCAACAGGAUGGGUGAGUAAAUAAAAUAAAUGCCUUUCACAUGUUGCCAUAAUUUAUGCAAAGGCAUUUUAUAUUAUAAUGUGUUAUUAACUGCAGUUGUUUCCUUUGAUUUCAUACUAACCAGUUACUUAAUUGCUUUUAAGCAGUAGAUGAAGUUCAGAUUUUUGUAUAUGUGUGCAUGAAAACGAGCUCUGUGCAUCCAUUGAUUUGAAAGAAACUUUGCAGUUUAGUGUACAUUAUGCAUUGUAAUAAAGAGCAUGUUUCCAGCCAGACAAUGCAAUUAUAACACAAAAAGACGCUGACUUUAAAGUUUCUGCAUUUGCACUUGCUAUUGAAAGCCAAAUGUUUAUGAGCUUUGUGUGUCUUUCAUUUCAAAUCUGCGCCAAACUGAAUGUGUCGAUAAGAAAGGAACAUUUUUAUACAAACUUUUAAAAUUAAAACGAAAUAUUGCAUGAAGCAAUUUGAAAAGGAGUACAGAAAUGGCCUUUAACAUGAAAAUCAAAUCUUUGGUACUCUUUUUCAUCAUAAAAAUACAUUAUUUUGUCAUUAACAUUGAAGGUGGCAAGCCUUAAUAGUUUCUUUAGUAAGCCACUGAUUUUAUUUUAUUUUUUUAUGAAUCGCAUAACUAUUACAUUUAAAAGUCAGUGCCAAAUUUAUGCCAUUGAGUCACUUUUACAUUUCUUUCAUGUUAUUUCAUUUCUUUAAUAUUUUAUGUUAAAUCAGAAAUUAGAGAAAAGUAUCAAUGUGAAGCAUUAAUGGUCUGUGUUUGGAGUUCUGAAACAGGAUGUACACUGUAUUUAUAGUGCAGUCAAACUAGUUAUACUGUAUGAUUCAACAAGUACUGUAUGUCCAUCCACAAAAUAAUAAAGACAAACAUGUCAACA